UCCGCCCACUCUGCCGGCGGCGCGGGGCGGGGCGGGGCGGCGGCGGCGCGGGAUGGCGGCGGCGCGGAGAGCGCGGGCGGGCGACCCCCGCGCCGGCUUCAGGCGGCCGGAGGGGGAGCCGGGCUCCGCCGUGCCGCAGGGGCUGAUCCGGGCGGCCCGGAAGAGCGGGCAGUUAAACCUGUCGGGCCGGAGCCUCAGCGAGGUACCUCAACGUGUAUGGCGGAUAAAUCUGGAUACUCCAGAAGAGGCUCAUCAAAAUCUCUCUUUUGGUGCUGCGGAUCGCUGGUGGGAGCAAGUAGAUCUGACUAAGCUGAUUUUAGCCUCAAACAAACUGCAGUGUCUUUCAGAGGAUGUCAAACUUCUCCCUUCUCUCACUGUGCUGGAUGUACAUGAUAAUCAGUUGACAUCUCUUCCUUCUGCUUUAGGACACUUAGAAAAUCUUCAGAAACUUGAUGUCAGCCACAACAAACUUAAAACUAUCCCAGAAGAGUUGAUGCAGCUGACACAUUUGAAGAGCCUUCUUCUUCAUCACAAUGAGCUGAGUCAUCUGCCGGAUGGAUUCGGACAGCUUGUCAAUUUAGAAGAAUUAGAUCUUUCCAACAACCAUCUUACAGACAUUCCAAGAAGUUUUGCUUUGCUCAUUAAUUUAGUACGACUCAGCGUGGCUUAUAAUCAGCUCAGGAACCUGCCUGCAGAUAUCAGUGCAAUGAAAAGCUUAAGACAACUGGAUUGUACUAAAAACUGCCUGGAAACUGUGCCUUCUGAGUUGGCGAGUAUGGCAUCUUUGGAACAACUUUAUCUGAGAAAAAAUAAGUUAUGUUACUUACCAGAAUUUCCUUCAUGCAAAUUACUGAAGGAAUUACAUGCUGGUGAAAAUCAGAUUGAAAUUUUAAAUGCUGAGAAUCUUAAGCACCUGAAUUCUCUCUCUGUAUUGGAACUUAGAGAUAACAAAAUAAAAUCAGUUCCUGAUGAAAUUACUGUGCUUCAGAAGUUGGAACGACUUGAUCUAGCCAACAAUGAUAUCAGUAGAUUGCCGUAUACAUUGGGGAACCUGCCUCAGUUGAAAUUCUUGGCAUUAGAGGGAAAUCCUCUGAGAGCCAUUCGAAGAGACCUUCUGCAAAAAGGAACCCAAGAACUUCUGAAAUACCUAAGAAGCAAAAUCCAAGAUGAUGUAACUAGCCCAAAUGAAGAGCCUGCUGUGACAGCCAUGACUCUUCCAAGUGAGUCAAGGAUAAACAUGCAUGCCAUAACUUCACUAAAAUUAUUGGAAUAUAGUGAGAAACAGGCAGCUGUGAUUCCUGAUGAAAUGUUUGAUGCAGUCAGAAGCAAUCCUGUCACCGCUGUCAACUUCAGCAAAAAUCAGCUGAAUGAAAUUCCUGCAAGGAUUGUGGAGCUGAAAGACUGGGUUUGUGAUGUCAACCUUGGCUUCAAUAAACUCUCAUCUAUUUCCUUGGAGCUUUGCAUGCUUCAUAAGUUGACACAUUUGGAUAUCAGAAAUAAUUUUUUGACAUCUUUACCUGAGGAAAUGGAGACACUGACAAGACUGCAAAUAAUAAAUCUUUCCUUUAAUAGAUUUAAAGUGUUUCCCAGCGUCCUUUAUCGCGUCCUCGCACUGGAGACUAUCUUGCUCAGUAACAAUCAGGUUGGGUCCAUAGAUCCUCUGCAAUUACAGAAGAUGGACAAGCUUGGAACACUGGACCUUCAGAACAACGACCUCCUCCAGGUGCCACCAGAGCUUGGAAACUGUGAAACUCUGAGGACACUUCUGCUAGAAGGAAAUCCAUUCCGUAUUCCCCGAGCAGCCAUUUUGGCAAAGGGAACAGCUGCGGUGCUAGAAUAUCUAAGAAGCCGAAUUCCUACUUAAUACAAUAGUUUGUUUCCCUGUUAGGCUGGUGAAUCAAUUACCCUCUCUGACCAAAUGCAGUAUAAUUAAACUGCCUUCCUCCUUGUUUACCAACUAUCUGUUAAUCUGGCCGCUGCCAUAAAGCAUUUAUAACAGCGUUUAUAAUUUGUAUGUUAAAAAGGAACUCACCCAUGAAAUAUUUUUUCCCCCAAGGUUGCAUGUUUGAACAGUGUGUUUUAAAAAGACACAAUAUAUUUGUUUACACUUUUCGUAAUAAAGGAUUAUGUUGAAGGCUGGCUUCAGUAAUAAUGACAAUGUUUUUCUACAAUUAAGCUAAUUUUUUAAAAAGACUUGUAAACACCAAAGUAUUUGAACAUAAGGCAGAAAUUAACUUCUUGAUUUUUUUGUAUGCCUGUUUUAUAAAUACUUAUUACAUAAUCUGUAAGGUUUCAAGCCUUUUAUCACCCAAAAACCUUAAACUGCAUGGUUAUGGUGCAAGUAUAGCAUGAAACGUACUACAGACUGCAUGCAUGGCUUAUGUAAAAGUAAUCAAAAUGUGGUUGAUGUUAGUAGCUGCACUGAAACAAUAAAUAUUUCCUGUUGGAUGUA